AAGACAAUCGGGUUAAUCAAAGGGUAUGGUGCCUCGUAUGAGAUGCAUGCUGCUGCUUCAAGUGUCAACUUAUUUCUACUACAAUCGCUGACAUGCCGCGGAGGUAGCUGCUCGGUAAAAUGCUUGGCAAGUUUGGACAAGAUUUUGUGAUGACGGAGAACGGUCAGCAAGCUGUUGAGGUCUACAAGUCAAGCCCGGACCGGUUUCCCGUUAUCUUCAUGGGUAAGUGGACAUAUUGUCUGAAUAUCCCGCCGAUACUUUUCAAUGUCCAAUGACAUAGCAGCUAAGACAUAUGAAUAAAGACCUUGCCAUGCCCGUCAUGGG